AUGGUGAUAUUUCAAAUGACAUCAAACUACGAUAGUAAUAAAGCCUCACAUGAUUUUUCAAGUGAAUACAUCAGUGAUGGGAAAAUCGAAAAAGUCCAUUGCAUACAACUUAAGGAUGGAAAACAGAAAGUCACUGGAAGUUUGCAAAACGAUAACAUAGAUACUUGCAUUCUCCCACAGCUCACAAGAUCUGACAUAAACUGGUAUCGUUUAAAAUUUCAUGAAAAUCUAUUACUUAAUAUUUUACAAAAUGGUUAUCAUAAAACAUAUUCAGAAUUAUUCAAUUUAAUUGAUUAUGAAAAGAAACAACGGAUGGAUUCAGUGAAUCCCUCAUCAUCAUCAUCAUCAUACAGGUCUAUUGAACCAUUAACUGAAAGACAUCAAUUACUUUAUCAAAUAAUGAUACAUUUAAUGAAUGCAGAACAUUCUAAUCAUUCUAAUAAUAUUGAAGAAGUCUAUAAAGAGAAUUUAUAUAUAGCAGGAUUAUUUCGUUCAAAUGAUCAUGAUCAAUGGUUAUUAGAAAUAUAUUUACAAAAAUGUUUAAAAAUUGUAACAAAAGGUUAUACCGCCGUAAAAAAUAUGAUCAUAAUUAAAACACAAUUAAAUAAUAAUGAUAAAAUACAAUUUAAUAGUUUGAAUGAAAUAAAACAAUCACUUAAAAAGAGGUUAUUUGAAGCAAUCUAUCAUAAUGCUACAUAUUUAUUUGAAACAGGAAAGUACUCACAAUCAUUAGAACUCUAUAAACAAUUACAGAAAAAAUUAGAAAAACAUAAAACUAUCUUACAACCAUCUAUAAAUCCAUAUGAUCAACAUCAAAUGAAUAUACCAUUGUAUAUUGUAUGUUAUGAACAAAUAUGUCGAAUCAUUUUAACAAUUUAUCAACCAAAUAAAGAAUAUCAAAUGGAUGAAUUAUUGUCAAAUUUAAAUGAAGCAUUGAAAUAUGCUGAAAAAGCGGAAAAUCAAAAACUUGUAGGAUUAUGCAAUAAACAAAUCAGUCAAGUAUAUCAGAACCAUAAAGAAUAUGAAAUGGCUUUUAAACUCGCGCAACAAUAUUUCGAUAUCGCUGAAAGAUCCAAUGAUAUUUUGGAGAAGAUUGAAGCAUGUAAACUACUGGGGAGUAUAAAUGAAAAUUUAUCUAAAUUAGAUGAAGCUGAACAAAAUUACGUCACUAUUAUUGAAUAUACCAAAUUACUAUACAACAACAAUCCAGGCAAAUUAAUUGAAGCCUAUGAAUUAUUAUCUAAAUUUUAUAUAUUAAAUACAAAUAAAUAUGAGUUAGCUAAAUUAACUACUGAAAAUGGUUUAAAACAUACUACUGAAUUAAAUGAGAAUGAUAAUUAUUAUAAUCAAUUAAAAUUAUGGUAUGCAAUAUCAAAAUCUAAAUUAAUUGAAUCAGAUUAUAUAAAUAUAAUUAUAUCUGGACAAUAUAAUUCGAAUGAUAUGUUAAAUUUAAUUAAAUGGAAAGAUAUACGUUCUAAUUUACCAUUAUAUGAUAAAGAUCAUUUUAUGAAAGUAACAUAUGAUAGUUUUACUAAGAAACGAAAUGAGAUAAAUCAGUCAAGGUCAACUCAUACUUUAAACUCUUAA